AUGAUUCAACUCACGAGCGACGACGACGACGACCGUCCGCAGCCAACACCCGACUCUCCUGUCGAUACCGACGUCGCCCACAGUCCUUCAGCAUCAACGCCCACGUGGUCCAUCACCUCACGAACGCCUCCGCUGCUCGCGUCGCGUCCAUAUCUCUCGUGGCUCUUUGUCUACAGCUCUGUGCUGCUCGUCUUUCUCUGCUAUCGCCUCUUUUCGCUUCCGGCACUAAUGUCCAUGUACGCGACGUCCAAAGACGCCACGUCCCGUGUCGUCCUCGCGACACUGACGCUCGGCCUUGUCGAAGACUUUGUCUGUGCAACGUACUUCGUCAGUACGUUGUGGCUCGUCGACGUCUCUCUGCGUUACGUGCGUCAGCAGAGCUCCCGCACCGCGAGCAAUCAUAGCGCUCUGGUCGCUCGCGGCAUUAGCGUGGCAACGUUCACUGCCUCGUGGCUACUGCUCGUUGCACUGCUACUUCCGUUCUGGACCGACUUGCUCCUCGUGCGGCUACGGGGCAUGCGCUUCACCUUUGCCCUCGUGGCAAUGGCCAUCAGUGAACAGGACAACAUCAGUGCUGUGCCCAUCGCCAUCGACGAGUGGUACGAAGGGUACGUCCACGCGACUGUCCUCGUUCUCGUGGUUACGCUCUUUGCGAGCGCUCGGACGUGGACGGCGUAUAUGGACCUCACGUCCUGGCACCCCAUCCGACUUGUCCAUUGCCUGCGCGCCACAGCCAUAGAGGAAGAGCAGAAGCGAUUACGUGACGCGCGCACGGACACUGCAGCAGCGACUCGCAGUCCAAAGAGCGUGACUUGGAAAGCGCCACCAGGUGAGGCCGACGCGACGCCUCUGUAUAUGGUCGUGCGGGUCGCAGAGACGGCCGCGUCGGGCGCGACAGAGGCGUCCAAGACGUUGAUGGACCAGCACGAGAACAACAGACUCCUGCUGCAAAGCCACAGCCGACGUCCAAAAUGGAAUGUGCACGUCCAACAGGGCCUUGUUGCCGUCCUGAGUCUCCUGGCGCUACCGGUGCUCGCCGUGCUCGCGAGUCGAUCGACGUCGCCGCUCGUUGCCUACGCAGCGCUCAACACGUCGCUGAAUGAGCUAUUGGGAGGUGUGUUGCAGCCGACGCUCCCCAACUUGAGCGUCAGUCUGCCGUGGCCAGAGAAGUUCAUCCACGUUGAGACGGAGGACUACAGGCUGUUUGGCAGCCACUCGCUGUAUCGACAGACCACGGGGUUCCACGGAGAGGUGGCGUUUGACGUCACGGUCGCGCGCGACGACCCGCCAAAUGUCCUCGUGCUGGUCGUCGAGUCGUUCCGGUUCCACGACUCGCGCUACCUCGUGGGGGACGACGACCCGUCGCAGUUGUUUCGCGGCUCGAACCUCACGGUCACGCCGCACUUUGAUCGAUGGGCCGCACGCGGCGUCGCCCUGCGCAACUUGUGGUCGAGUUGGCGCACGAGUCGGUCCGUCGAGAGCGUCUUGUUCGGACAGCUGCCGUACGACAGCACGACCGCGUCAGGCACGACGGGGGGCCGGAACGACACGAAGCUCUCGGGACUGCCGCAGCUCUUUGCGGCAAAGGGGUACGAGACGGUUUUCACCACGGGGUGCAAGACCGACUACGACGCCUGGGACCGCUUUCUCCCGUCGCACGGCUUCGACACGGUCUGGGGCCGCGAAGACAUGAUGGCGCUGGCCGAGACGGACUUGGGCAUCACACCGGACGAGUGGUACGGCGCGGAGCAGCGCGGGUUCAACUGGGGCGUCCACGAUGACCUGAGCUUCCAGCUACUGGGCGACCUACUGCUCAACAAGACGCGCGAGCAGAGCGCGCGCCGCGCGACCUUGAAGCCCAAGACGCCCCUCUUCCUCACGCACUACACGAUCUCCAGCCACGUGGACUUCAAGCAACGGCCCCGAUGGUUUGACGAAGCUGCCAAGCCGAAUUUCUCGGCUCUCUACGAGGGACAGCCGUACGCAGACAACAUCCAGAACUACCACGAGAUUCGGUACUUCACCGACCUCGAGCUCGGAAAGUUCAUGGACCGCAUGGCUGAUGCCGGCGUGCUGAACGACACCAUUGUCGUGAUCGUAGGCGACCACGGACAGGGGCCUGAGUUUGGCAACAACGUGCCGGAGGAUCGCGACGUCUCGGCGACUCGAGUGGCCGGUGCGAUUAUCGCGGAAGGGCGACUCGCUGAUGCCGCCGGGCUCGUCAUUGACGAUGCGGCCGAGCAGUACGAUCUCUUGAACACGCUCGCAGACAUCACGGGCGUACCUGAAGGAGGGUUCGCUCAAAGCGGAGUUGGGCGGUCGCUCAAGCGCAAGGUCAAGUUUGGGGAGAGGAUUGUGUACAGCAACAAUCCCACGCGAAAGAUGUCGAUCGUACGCGGCCACGAACGCCUUCGCUACGACCGCGUCACGGACUCAGUGCUCCUACACGACGUUGACACGGAUCACGACAUGGCCGUUGAUCGCUUUCCCGGUCUUGCAGCAAAGGAGCAAGCGGAAUGGCUCCGCAGACGUGACGAAGGCCGUCGGGUGAACGAGUACUUUACAAAGCGCUGGGAGAAUGAAUGCUUGCUGGCUCCCGAGUGCAACGGCACUAGUAGCACCUCGUAA